UCUCUUGUCCAAUCAGAGCUCACGGAGUUUUAUAAAUACCGAGUUUUUCUAGUUUCCACGCUCAUUUUGUGUUGGGUAGCUCUUGUAGUUGAACUUAUGGCUCGCACGAAGCAGACGGCGCGCAAGUCUACCGGCGGUAAAGCCCCCCGUAAGCAGCUGGCCACCAAGGCAGCCCGCAAGAGCGCGCCGGCCACCGGCGGCGUGAAAAAGCCGCACCGCUACCGGCCCGGAACCGUGGCGCUGCGCGAGAUCCGCCGCUACCAGAAGUCCACCGAACUGCUGAUUCGUAAGCUGCCGUUCCAGCGCCUGGUGCGCGAGAUCGCGCAGGACUUCAAGACCGACCUGCGCUUCCAGAGCUCGGCGGUGAUGGCGCUUCAGGAGGCGUGCGAGGCCUACUUGGUGGGGCUGUUCGAGGACACCAACCUGUGUGCCAUCCACGCCAAGCGCGUCACCAUCAUGCCCAAGGACAUCCAGCUGGCGCGCCGCAUCCGUGGGGAGCGGGCAUAAAUGCACUGUGGCUCCAGUUUGUAUCCUACCCCAAAAGGCUCUUUUCAGAGCCCCUCCAUAGUCAGUAAAAAGGCUGUUACUUUCUAGCUGUGCUUUUGUUAGUUCGUGUUAAAGGUUCAGACUUGGGCAAUAUAACUUUGUGCUGUGUUCUGUACUUAAGUUAUCCGUUGUUCACUGGUUCUGUAUUUUGCGUGACUAUCGUUUUGCUGUUUGCCUUCUUGGGUGAACAGCUUGACGCUAGGCGACUUAAAUGAGGGCGGUCUGAGUAUCCACAGGGAGAUCAGCCUCUGCCUUUCUCCUGUUUUUGAACUCACUCCAAAUUAAGUUUAUAUUGUAGCAACUUGCUUAGCUUUUUUUGGAAGCUUAGAAAGUGUUUUGAGGUCUGGGACAGCCUUCUUCCCACAAUUAACUUCAAGCUCUUGCUAGGAACAGGGAGGAUUCAUGCUGGCCUUUCAGGCCUCAGCCUUCCCACUACCAUUAGGGUUCCCACCCCAGCUGCGGGAGUGGGGCAGGUACUCAGUGUAGACCCAGAGUUGGCGGUGACCAGCUCUAGAGUCUUGGGGGGGGGGGGGGUCCUGAUUCUCUGGGUCUCCCCUUGUACGAGUAUAAAAGGCAGAUGAAUUAAAACUCGAAGAGCAGAGUUAGGAUUACUUCUUUCUGCUGAGUAAUGUGCACCGAGUGUUAGCUCUUGUUACACUCUGCCCCCUUACUCACGGGGUUUGGGGAGUUUUCUCCUGAAUCUUUUGAAAGUUUUGUGACUGGGAACCACGGUAAACACUUGGAUAAAACGUUACAUUGUUAAGAUCUCUUUCUUUAGAUUUCAAUUUGCUUUGCUCUGAAAGAAACCAGUAGGACUAUCUGUGUCUGCGUGGAGGAGUCUGAAAUGACCCCAAAGGGCCAGGUAUUAAAUAAUUUAAGAUUUUGCAGGCCACAUAUGGUCCCUUUAAGUAUUCUUGGUUUUUUUUUUUAGCAAUCUUGUCAAAAUGCAGACAAUUCUUCAGUGGAGGGUUAUCAAAAACAAACCUCUAGGGCUGGGCAUUUAGCUCAGUGGUUCUACCGCUUACCUCAAAAGCACAAGGUCCAGAGUUUGAUCCCCGAUACCAAAAAAACAAAACAAAAACAACAACAAAAAAACCCCACCGCCUAGAUUGGGCAAUUUUUUCCUAACCUCCAGGAGCUCUCACAGAGAUUGUUUUGAUGAGUUUAAAUUCCUCUAAGUAGCUUUUCACCGGCAAGAACUGGUCAUUCAUUUUUGAACUUUGUUGUUGUUAUUUAAAAAGAAACUUUUUGUUAUCACCCCCCCCCCGGGGGGGGGGAUUGCUUGUUAGGUUUUUUUUGAGACAGGGUCUUGCUCUGUAGUCAAGGCUAGUCUUCAACUUACUAUUGUAGCCCAGGUUGGACUUGCAUUCAAGUCAAUCCUCCCGCCUCAGCCUCCCAAGUGCUGGGAUUAAAAGUAUGUCUCAUCCUGCCUGGCUCCUCUUGAUUUUAGUAUAUAUCUAAUUAAAUCUUUUGCUCGACCUUAGAUUAUACUGGCACAAAAAUCCCAAUAAUUUUCCUUCCCUCCAAAAUGGUAAAUUUCACUUCUCCCGUUCUCACCUCAUUUUUCAUUGUGGGGUUACAUUUUGCUGCGAGCUUUUGAGACUCUGAAACAUUCACUCGAUACUCAGUCUAACCUCCUGGUCAAUAUUUAGUUAUUGUAAAACAUAGGCCUGGCUGCAAGGAAACACAGGAAUACCCAUAUUGACAGCCCAGGCUGCUCAAAGACCAUUCCUAGCUGCUGAAGGAAAUGCAGUUCCAGCUCUGGGAAGAAAGCUCAGGCCACUCUCCAUGCCCUGGCCCACACGAUCUUCAUACCUCCACUCUAGGGAGUUCUUGAAUGAUUUUCUGCAGGUUUUAUCCUUUUUGUUUUCUAAAGCAAAUUAUCUUUGUUAAGUACUUUUCGACCCUAUUUUAAUGAAUUAGCUCAGGAAGUAAAGCAAGAAUGCAGGUCAGUUAGAAAAUAAAAAUUUAAGAUUGCAUCUGAGUUUGGGUGAUUGGCUUCCUAACUCAGAGAUGUCUGACCUUCCCACCGUGAAGUGGAAGGUCAUUCUGACAUCCCAACUUUAACCAGCUGUAAAAUCAAUUGUCCUAUAAAUACACCAGUGUGGGACUGCAUAACCUUUGUUCCUUUUCUCCAGCCCCAUUGUGAUUAAAUGUGAGUUAAUGGAUAAAGAUGCUUGUUAGUUUUGGGACACUAGAUAAAAAUCUGUAACAGACCUAA